AUGGCUACCAAUUCCGAUUUUCAGAUCAUCUCCUCGCUUCGCUUUGAUCCGGCGCUCCCAGAAGCAGCCGCGCGCUAUUCGUCAUGCUACCCUGAUCCCGACAAGACCCCGUUCUACCUCCUGCGCUACCACCAAGACCGACUUUUAGCAGCUGCUCGCGACUUCCAAUGGAACCAGGCUGUGGAAUGGCUCGGGCAAGAUCUCGAGAGCUUUGAACACUACCUCGACGCGUCGAUACCGGAUCGGACCAAAGCGUGGAGGUUGCGAAUCGCAAUUGAUCAUCACGGAAAAGCAAAGGUCGAGGUGAAUCCGACGGCGGGAAUUGAUUCAAUGGGCUUGUUUAUUCCCUCACUUCACCCACCCUCGAGCCAGUCGGCAUGGUGCGUCUACGUUGACUCUGUACCCACCACCCCAUCCAAAUUUACGAAACACAAGACCACCGCGCGGGAUGAAUACACUUCUGCCCGUCUCAGGAUGGGUAUAAUUUCCCUAGCAGACACUUCAGAGGUCUUGGUGGUCAAUCCGGAAGACGAGAUCAUGGAAGGCAGCAUCACCACACCAUACCUCCUCCGGGGCCACAUGUGGAUCACGCCUCCUUUGAGCAGUGGUGGCAAUCAAGGUACAACACGACGAUAUGCGUUAUCUCGAGGAUUCUGCAUUGAACAGAGUAUUUCCCGAAAGGACCUUGUGGACGGGGAGCCAUGUUGGUUAAGUAAUGGCGUAAGAGGAUUCUUCCGAGGCCAAAUCUCUCUGUCGUAG